ACUAUGUAUGCAAUAUAGUGUUGAAGAAUAACAGUGGGAGAAAAUGGCUAGGAUUGGUGGCAAAACUUUGGUCCCAUAUGUAGGUGUCGCAGUCAUAUUGCUCAUUGCAUUGGUGGGUGGAGCCAAGGCCACAGCCGUAUGUAACAUAGACUCCACCAAGCUCAACCAAUGCCUCCCAGCGGUUAGCGGGCAGUCACCUCCACCACCAACUAAGCGAUGCUGCAGUGUUGUACGCCGUGCCAACUUGCCCUGCCUUUGCAGCUACAAGUCUGUUCUCCCUGCACUUGGGAUUAAUCCCGUGUAUGCCUUGGCAUUGCCUAAGAAAUGUGGCCUGAAAACUCCACCAGAAUGCCGCGUGGGUUGAAGAAUUUAUGGUAGCAUCUGCCUCAAGUAUUCUGAGCUGCCUUGAUGUAUUUCUUUCUAGUAUCUGUUGAAGGCUGAAGCUUUUAGGAGUGGUUUGCAUUCAGAGAUGGGUUGAGAUGGUUUGUGAAUAGUAAAAUAAAAGUUGAAUUAUUUAUUAUAUUUUGCGUGGAAAUUUGGAAAAAUUGUUUUGGGAUUUAAAAAAGUUGAAUUGUUUAUUAUAUUUUGUGUGAAAAUUUGAGAAAGUUGUAAUGAUGAGACGAGAUAAGUUAAGAUGAGUUGAGAUAUAAACUUCACUUCCUGUCAAGAAAACUGAAAUGGUUUUGUUCUGAAGGCACUUUUUGUCACUCUAUUUAUAAAUGCGUCGUUCAUUUCUUUUA